AUGACAACAGAUAAGGAAAUCAUUGAUAAUAAAACAAUACAACUACUAGAAUUAUUAGACAAAUAUCAACAGUUAACAACAUUAAAUCGUGAAAAUUUCAUUAAUGGAUUUUUCAAUUUAAGUCGAGCUAAUUUUCAAAAUGAAAAAGAAAAAUAUGGUUUAGAAAAAUAUGAUUUCCGAUGUUAUAAAGCAUGUAAAAUAAUAGAUAUAAAUAGUGAUAAUGGUAGAUUUGAAUUGAUUGAUAGAUUAUUGAAGAAUGAAUCAUCAAUUAAUGAUGACGAGCAUGAUUCCCCAAAUGAAGAUAAGAAGAAAGAAUCAUCAUCAACAACAAUGAUAAGAAACCGAAAAGACAGGAAAACAGGAACAAUCGCCACUCAUGAUAAAGAAAUCGUGAAGCAAAGCAAUGAUGAUGAAGAAACAUUUAAAGAUCCAAUUAAACAAUUUGGAACAAUUGUACCAUCAGAAUUAUAUAAAUGUCAACAAAAUUUUAAUAAUGGAUUAAAUCAAUUGAUUGAAAUUAUAAAUUUACAAAUUCAAAUCAAAAAAUUGAUUCAAGAAUUAAGUUAA